AUGUCGCAUCGUCCCCAGGAAGGAGAAGAUACAGACUCCCCAGAAGCUUGGAUGCAGAAUGAAGGCUUGACACCGUACGAGGUCAUGUUGCGCUCCGCCCCAUCUGGCUAUCUGUCCAACAUUGAGGGAGACUUGGGCAAACUCCCCCUACAAUUCCCGGUCUAUUACUUUUUCUACGGAACAUUAACAGCUCCAGCAACCCUUCAACGAAUCAUCGACCUACCAGAAGAGCCCAAAAUGCGGAAAGCCAAGCUCCUCGGAUACACACUCGGGAAAUGGGGCGAUUAUCCUGCCUUGAUAGACGGAAAACCGGGCCAAGAGAUCCCGGGAUACGCGUAUAUUGUACAGUCCGAAGAAGAAGCCCACAAGCUUGCUCAUUAUGAGACGAACGCAUAUGAAGAAGCACACUGCUUGAUCUAUUUCGUCGACAACGAAGAGCCUGCGGAAGCGCCGGGCAAGACAUUCAGGUACGCUGGAGAUGCAAAUGCGUUGUUGGAACAACGAUUCGACCGCAAGCUGUGGUUGCACCAGAUGGCUGGAAAGUUAGGGUGA